ACGACAAAUAUCAUUGUCGUUGGUUUCAUAGAUAGCUUAAACUCACACGCCAUUUCUGGGCAUCAGUCGCAGUCUCCUCUGUCCAAUUUUCCACCAUACCUACACGUUAUUCAAACCUUUUGCUUCCAGAAAUAAAAUUCCACUCACAAUCGGAGAACUUGUUUGUAUGGAGAUCAUAUCCAGUCAUUCAACGCCAUGUUAUCAUCUUGCAACUUUACGACAUAAUUUUCCCGAGAAAACCCUAGAUUCUCAUUCUCUCCCAUCGAAGUUUUCAAGAAGAAGAAAACAUAAAUUUCUUCAUACUUCUCUUCCAUCUACCUUUCGCCUAAACAAUUACAAAACUGUUCGUAAAUCUACACCAUUAAACACUCUGAAAAGCGCUGAAGGUGUUAUCAAUGGUGACGAAACCCUAGAAAACGUAACGAAAAGAAGGCAACCAAAUGUUUCAAUACCCAAAGUUGUAAUCCCAGGAUUACCAGAUGAUUCAAAAGGCGAUGUUAGUGCUCCUGUUAGGAGUGGUGAAUGGGAAUGGAAGCCUAAGUUUAAAAUCCAUUAUGAAAGAUCGGGAUCUAGAAACUUGGAUUCACCUCAGAUUCUUUUUCUUCCUGGAUUUGGUGUGGGAUCUUUUCAUUAUGAAAAACAGUUGAAGGAUCUUGGAAAGGAUUAUGGUGUUUGGGCGAUGGAUUUUCUAGGUCAGGGUAUGUCAUUGCCGUGUGAGGAUCCUACUCAGAGUAAUGGUGAUUUAGAAAUUGGUAGAAAUUCUAUGUGGGGUUUUGGAGAUGAAACUGAACCUUGGGCAGAUGAUCUUGUUUAUUCUAUUGAUUUGUGGCAAGAACAAGUUCGGUAUUUUAUAGAAGAGGUCAUCAAGGAACCCGUUUACAUAGUGGGAAAUUCACUUGGUGGAUAUGUCGCACUUUACUUUGCAGCAUGUAACCCUAAUUUAGUAAAAGGCGUUACACUACUCAACGCAACACCAUUUUGGGGAUUUUUCCCAAACCCUAUAAGAUCUCCAAAACUUUCACAAUUAUUCCCAUCAACUGGCACUUUUCCUCUUCCUCCACGUGUCAAAAAAAUCAUAGAAAUUGUUUGGGAGAAAAUAAGGGAUCCUAGAACUAUUGGGGAGAUAUUGAAGCAAGUUUAUGCGGAUCAUUCUACAAAUGUGGAUAAGGUGUUUUCUCGGAUACUUGAAAUAACAGAACAUCCAGCAGCUCUUGCAUCGUUUGCAUCUAUAAUGUUGGCUCCUCAAGGAGAAGUAUCUUUUGGAGAGGCUUUAUCUAGGUGUAAAAUUCAUGGCAUACCCAUAUGCCUUAUGUAUGGAAAAGAAGAUCCAUGGGUUAGACCCAUUUGGGGUCUACAAGUGAAGAGGCAAUUGCCUGAUGCUCCUUAUUACCAAAUUAGCCCUGCAGGACAUUGCCCUCAUGAUGAAGUUCCUGAGGUUGUGAAUUAUUUAUUACGCGGUUGGAUAAAAAACUUGGAGUCACAAGGUUUUAUUGCAUUGCCUUUACUUGAUGAUGAAAGCGGUCGAUAUGAUGUUGCCAAAGAUUUAGAAUACGUGAGAGACGGAACCAAAAAAUCAGUGAGGGUGUGGUUUUAUGGGUCCGAGUUUUCAAUGUGGAGCAAGUUUAGUUCUUUUGUUAAUACACAAAUACAAGAUUUGUCUUUUAAGUUGAGGUGAUUGGAGAUUUUUGGGCACAUAUAUGCAUAUAAUGUAAUAUAUUGAAGUGUAGUAUUCAUAUUUUUAGAUGUAUAUAAAAAUGAAAUCAAAUUGUUUA